UGCGCCUUGCGGCGGGGCUUGCGGAGGCGGCUCUGGGCGGGUCCGGGUCCCUCCAGUGUUUUGGGGCCUAGGUGCUGUGGGAGGAGCCGGCGGCCUCACCGUGGUAACCGCAGCGCCGCCCCGCCGCCGCCCCGCCUUGCAGGUCUCUGGACUGUCAUCGCCUUUGGGUGUGGGGAUACUUUGGCCACCGUCCGCGGAGAUAGCUCCGCCGGCUUUCUCAGAUACCCCCAUCCUCCCCACGCUGCCGUCGCCGCCGCCAUGCAAGGGGAGGACGCCAGAUACCUCAAAAGGAAAGUUAAAGGAGGAAAUAUUGAUGUACAUCCAUCAGAAAAAGCACUCAUUGUUCAGUAUGAAGUAGAAGCUACCAUUCUUGGAGAAAUGGGUGAUCCCAUGUUGGGAGAACGAAAGGAAUGCCAAAAGAUCAUUCGUCUUAAGAGUCUCAAUGCCAACACAGAUAUAGCUUCCCUGGCACGGAAGGUGGUUGAAGAAUGUAAACUUAUUCAUCCCUCAAAAUUAAAUGAGGUAGAACAGCUGUUGUACUAUCUACAGAACCGCCGUGAUUCAUUGUCAGGAAAAGAAAAAAAAGAAAAAUCAAGCAAGCCUAAAGAUCCACCUCCUUUUGAAGGAAUGGAGAUUGAUGAAGUUGCUAACAUUAAUGAUAUGGAUGAAUACAUUGAGUUACUAUAUGAAGAUAUUCCUGACAAAGUUCGGGGUUCUGCUUUGAUCCUGCAGCUUGCCCGAAAUCCUGAUAACUUGGAAGAACUACUAUUGAAUGAAACUGCCCUUGGUGCAUUAGCAAGAGUCCUAAGGGAAGACUGGAAACAAAGUGUUGAGUUAGCUACAAAUAUAAUUUACAUCUUUUUUUGCUUUUCCAGCUUUUCUCAGUUUCAUGGACUUAUCACUCACUAUAAAAUUGGAGCUCUAUGUAUGAAUAUCAUUGAUCAUGAGUUAAAAAGACAUGAGCUGUGGCAAGAAGAACUCUCUAAGAAGAAGAAAGCUGUUGAUGAAGACCCUGAAAACCAAACCUUGAAAAAAGAUUAUGAAAAAACCUUUAAAAAAUACCAGGGGCUUGUGGUAAAACAAGAACAGCUCUUACGAGUUGCUCUUUAUUUGCUUCUGAAUCUUGCUGAAGAUACACGUACAGAACUGAAGAUGAGGAACAAGAACAUAGUUCACAUGCUGGUGAAGGCUCUUGAUCGGGACAAUUUUGAGCUGCUUAUUCUAGUUGUGUCAUUCUUGAAGAAACUCAGCAUUUUUAUGGAGAAUAAAAAUGAUAUGGUGGAAAUGGAUAUCGUUGAAAAACUGGUAAAAAUGAUACCUUGUGAACAUGAAGAUCUGCUGAAUAUCACCCUCCGACUUUUACUAAACUUAUCAUUUGACACAGGACUGAGGAAUAAGAUGGUACAAGUUGGACUGCUUCCCAAACUCACUGCACUCCUAGGUAAUGAAAACUACAAACAAAUAGCAAUGUGUGUCCUUUACCACAUAAGCAUGGAUGACCGCUUUAAAUCAAUGUUUGCAUACACUGACUGUAUACCACAGUUAAUGAAGAUGCUGUUUGAAUGUUCAGAUGAACGAAUUGACUUGGAACUCAUUUCUUUCUGCAUUAAUCUUGCUGCUAACAAAAGGAAUGUACAACUUAUCUGUGAAGGAAAUGGGCUGAAGAUGCUCAUGAAGAGGGCUCUGAAGUUCAAGGAUCCAUUGCUGAUGAAAAUGAUUAGGAAUAUUUCCCAGCAUGAUGGACCAACUAAAAAUUUAUUUAUUGAUUAUGUUGGGGACCUUGCAGCCCAGAUCUCUAAUGAUGAGGAAGAGGAGUUUGUGAUUGAAUGUUUGGGAACUCUUGCAAAUUUGACCAUUCCAGACUUAGACUGGGAACUGGUUCUUAAGGAGUACAAGUUAGUUCCGUACCUCAAGGAUAAACUAAAACCAGGUGCUGCAGAAGAUGACCUUGUCUUAGAAGUGGUCAUAAUGAUCGGAACUGUGUCUAUGGAUGACUCUUGUGCCGCACUGCUAGCCAAAUCUGGGAUAAUCCCUGCACUCAUUGAAUUGCUAAAUGCUCAACAAGAAGAUGAUGAAUUUGUAUGUCAGAUAAUUUAUGUCUUCUACCAGAUGGUUUUCCACCAAGCCACGAGAGAUGUCAUAAUCAAGGAAACACAGGCUCCAGCAUAUCUCAUAGAUCUGAUGCAUGAUAAAAAUAAUGAAAUCCGAAAGGUCUGUGAUAAUACAUUGGAUAUUAUAGCGGAAUAUGAUGAAGAAUGGGCUAAGAAAAUUCAGAGUGAAAAGUUUCGCUGGCAUAACUCUCAGUGGCUAGAGAUGGUAGAGAGCCGUCAGAUGGAUGAGAGUGAGCAGUACUUGUAUGGUGAUGAUCGAAUUGAGCCAUACAUCCAUGAAGGGGAUAUUCUUGAAAGACCUGACCUUUUCUAUAACUCAGAUGGAUUAAUUGCUUCUGAAGGAGCCAUAAGUCCAGAUUUCUUCAAUGAUUAUCACCUUCAAAAUGGAGAUGUAGCUGGGCAGCAUUCAUUUCCUGGCAGCCUUGGAAUGGAUGGCUUUGGCCAAUCAGUUGGCAUUCUUGGACGCCCUGCCACAGCUUAUGGAUUCCGCCCUGAUGAACCCUACUACUAUGGCUAUGGAUCUCGAUAAAGUCACACCUUUCCAUGUGUACUCUCAACUUAGAAGAAAUCUGUGUGGGUUGGGUUAACUUUGAAUCUUGGCUAAUAAUGCAUGUUGAUAUUAUUGUGGGUCUGUAUUUUUUUUCCAUGCUGUUAGCUACAAAUUAACUGAUCCCUCUGCCCUCUGUUAAGUACAGUUGAUGUUUGACACUGUUCACCGCAUCUUGAUGCUGAAUAACAUUUCCCGUGUUAUUCAAAGAGACGCAAAAGUAAAUGCUGAAAAGCAACCAGACUGGAAAACAAACACUACAUUAUGUACAUUAAGUGACUAAUUUAAUUUCUAUUAAAAAGAAGGAUAAAGUACAAAUGAA